AUGAUAGCGUAUACGCACCUAUACAAUGAACACGGUCAUUGGUCCCCAUUCCGUGCGGGUAUAUAUGAUCCUGUUUCGAAGAAGAUUGCUUUCGACUCGGAUGCAAAGAUUGCUAAAGUUGCUAAGGCAGUGGCACCACCUAAAGAGUUCGACGAUGAUGUUGAUGAUGAG